GCAUGUGUGGCUGCCGGACGUGCUGACGGCGGGCCGCCUGCCCUUGCUUCUGGUCCUCCACGGUUCAAGGCCGAUGGACUGGGACUUCCUGUCCUUUACCGAGCGAUGGCAGCGCGAUGCCCAGCGCCAUGGCGUCGCUAUACUGAUCCCCGAGUCUCGUGGUCCGACCUGGGACUACUUGCUCACAGGGCAGCGGAAGGAUAUGGACUUUAUCCAGUUCGCCAUGGGCGAGGUCUGCCGCCAGGUGCCGAUAAAUGGCAGCAACAUCGCCGUCAUGGGCAUGUCAGAUGGGGGCUCCCUGGGGCUCUCCAUGGCGCUUCGGAAUCCGUCGCUCUUUAGAACGGCGCUGGUUCAGGCUGUGGGCUUCUUCGUUGACCCGCGUGGCGAUGCUCCAGAAAAGCCGCGAAUCUUCCUGGAGUACGGCGCAAAGGAUCGGCUCUUCACGCCGGAGGCGGUUGCACGACCGCUCUGUGCGCGGCUCCAGUCAGCCGGGUACUCUGUUCAAUUCUCUAUGGUUCCGGAAGCAGGACACAUGGUCCGGGAGGAGUUUUUCGCCGCUGCACUGAGCUUUUGGCUGGCAGAGAAGACCGAGCUCGCAGCGUGA